AACACUCCUCCCACAUGACCGUCAAAAUGAAACAACUGAAUGUUUCUCAAAAUUGUCUUGGAACUUGAGAAAAGUAUUAACCUCUAUUUUGUGUAGUGAUAUGGGUGAUUGGCACGCUAGUUUAUAGGCUAUAGGUCAAAUAAUUCUGCUCAAUACAGACUUUUUGUUAGAACGCUAAACUCGGGCGCAAGACGGCGUUUCUUACUAGAAGGAACUGUUGAGGGAAGAUUCCUUAUCUCAGGUGUUGUGACUUCAGACAGGUUCACCAUGGGAGCUGUGGAACUGUGCAUGCUCUUAUUAAUCUCAUCGAGUGUGGCGGAGGAUAUUAAAUUUAAGUACAAGAAAGACUCUAAGCCAGUGCGAUUGUUCACCGACGAAGAUUUAAGAAGACACGAUGGGAGUGAGGAUGGGCGACCUAUUUACAUGGCAAUCAAAGGAGCGGUGUUUGAUGUAACCAAGGGAAAAGAGUUCUACGGCAAAGGCACGCCAUAUAACGCUUUGGUUGGAAAAGACUCUACUAGAGCAGUGGCCAAAAUGUCGCUGCAACCGGCCGACUUGACCUCUGACACUACUGGCCUCACCGCCGACGAGUUAAAGGGGCUGGACAGUAUAUUUGAGGGCACAUACAAGACUAAGUAUCCCAUUGUAGGCUACACUGCCUCGCGCAUUCUUAACGAGGACGGAAGUCCAAAGGAGGACUUCAGACCCGAGGACCAGCCACAUUUUAAAAUUAAAGAUGAGUUUUAAUCCAAUGUUUUUUUUCCAUGUUAAAGUAGCCAACCACAGGGAAGGUUUCAAAACAGGUGAUAGUCAAUGAAAACGGCAGUGGUGUUUGAAUGUAGAAAAAUGUAUUGCACUCCAGUAGGUAGGCCUACGAUUUUUUCUUUUCCAUUGUAUCAUCACUUUGCUUAGGACCAGAGCGGUAGAGGCAGUGGCACCUUACAGACCUGUUUGUGGGUACUGUAUUACAUUAAAAUAAUACAAUGAAACAUUAAAUGCAAUAUUCUCACAUCA